GGGUCCUUAACCAGGGGCCGAGUGUGGGGACAUUAAAAUGUUAAAGUGUGUUUUCCCAACAAGCUCUCGAUUCUGUGAGAGUCCCUCUGAAUUAUUCUGAGAUAGAGACGCCAUCUUGACCUUUAUUUCUCUGUUUCAGGGCAUCGAGUGGACCAACAUCGAAUACUUCAACAACGCUAUUAUCUGCGACCUCAUUGAGAAUGUGAGUCAGUCUCCCAGGACCAGGACCACCCCAGACCAGUUUCUGCAUGAGCCCAGACUCAGGCCUGAUAUCUUUAGUAGAGAGCAGCUUCAGAGAUGAAUGUGAUUAUUCAGUAACUCUGUGUGAUCAGAUGUUGUGUAACUCUGUCAUGUGUCGACCCCCGCUGGUUUGUCUAGCACCAAAACGGCAUCUUAGCCAUGUUGGACGAGGAGUGCCUGAGACCCGGGACCGUCACGGACGAGACCUUCCUGGACAAACUCAACACCAUCUGUGCUGAACACCAACACUUCGAGAGUCGCCUCAGCAAGAACUCCAAGUUCCUGACGGACCACAGCCUGCCGCACAGCUGCUUCCGCAUCCAGCACUACGCCGGGAAGGUACUAAACGCUGUUCCAUAAAAUGUUAGAACUGGUCCACAGACACGAUGACUUCCUGUUCCUGAAACUCAAACUAUCACGAGGAGAGGCAGGUCCUGAAGUUCUGCUUCUCUGAAGUCAUCUCUGUUCUUCUCAAGGUGCUGUACCGAACCGAGGGCUUCGUAGACAAGAACAACGACCUGUUGUACAGAGACCUGUCCCAGGCCAUGUACAAGGCCACCCACAGCCUCAUUAAACAGCUGUUCCCUGAAGGUAACCCCGCCAAGGUCAACCUGAAGAGACCCCCGACCGCUGGGUUCCAGUUCAAAGCUUCAGUGGGAACGCUGAUGAAGAACCUGCAGACCAAGAACCCCAACUACAUCAGGUAGGGUCCCUCAGACCUGCAGACUCAGUCUGUCUUUGUUAAACUCAGUAACUGUAUCAUAUGUGGAGAUCUGAAGAUGUUUGGAGUGAAGGCUGCCGUCUCCUUCACUAUCACUGAAAUCAGAGAUUUGUCCACUCAGGGACAGGAAACUGAGAGAGACUGAACAACACUGAGAAAACAUUUAUAAUACAGUUUAUUAUUAUUAUUUAAUAAUGAUGAUUAAUGCGGGAGGACUCAGAAGUCCAGACGAGCUUCACUUCCUGUCCCCACAGAGACUCAGUUUGGUUUUAAAGUCACAGUCCGUCUGAAAUUUGACAUGAGAAUUAAAUCGAGUUCUUCUCCUCUGACUUCCUCAGAUGCGUCAAGCCCAACGAUAAGAAGGCCCCCCACAUCUUCACCGACUCUCUGGUCCGCCAUCAGGUGCGCUACCUGGGCCUGAUGGAGAACGUGCGUGUGAGGAGAGCGGGAUACGCCUUCAGACAGGCCUACGAGCCGUGCCUGGAACGCUACAAGAUGCUCUGCAAACGGACGUGGCCCCACUGGAGAGGACCUGCCAGGUACCUGCUGUGUUUGCUCUGAGGGAGGGGCUAAUUAAGGAGGGAGGGGCUAAUUAAGGAGGCGGGGGGUGCGGUCUGGAAGAACGCCAAAACCAAUCCCUCUCUUUGUCAGAAAACAGGAGUGUUUGAGAAACACCCACAACAGUCAGUAAGUGAGGAACUGAACCUCCGACUGCUGAGGAGGAGCUGUGAGUGAGGAGGAGCUGUGUGAGGAGGAGCUGUGAGAGGAGGAGCUGUGUGAGGAGGAGCUGUGUGAGGAGGAGCUGUGUGAGGAGGAGGAGGAGCUGUGUGAGGAGGAGGAGGAGCUGUGUGAGUGAGGAGGAGUGUGAGGAGGAGGAGCUGUGUGAGUGUGGAGGAGUGUGAGGAGGAGGAGCUGUGUGAGGAGGAGCUGUGAGUGUGAGGAGGAGCUGUGAGUGUGUGAGGAGGAGCUGUGAGAGGAGGAGCAGGUUAUUCUCCUCUGAUAUCAGGUCACACGGAGGAUAGAUGCUGAACUUUGAUGAAGACGACCUUUUUAUUUUAUGGAGGCGGAGUCUAAGAGUGUGGGCGGCGGCCUCCUAACUGUCCGUCUGGACCGUUCUCCUCCGUCGGCCCGUCUCACUCACAGAUCCUUGAACUCUGUAGAUAAAACUCUGAGCUGCAGCAGGAGGAGGAGGAGCUGUGAGAUCUGAGCAGACGUGAACUCUUCCUCUCUGAAGACUUUAUUCUUCUCUGUCUCCUUUGGUCCACAUCAGCCUGGUCAAAGAUCUUCACACACCGGGAUCUUCUUAUCAAACUCUGAAAGAGUUGUUCAGUUUCUUUCUUUCUUCUUUAAUCAGGAUCUCUGUUUCUUCAGCGUUUUCCUCUCUCGGCUCCACAGACGUCAUCUUCACACCUCCUAACCUCUGAAUGCUCUGCUCUCUUCUAGAGAAGGGGUGGAGGUGCUGAUGGCUGACCUCCAGGUCCCAGUGGAGGAGUACUCCUACGGCCGCUCCAAGAUCUUCAUCAGGAACCCGAGAACGGU